AUGAAGCUGACUUGCUUGUUCUGUUGUAUGUCCGAGAGACGAUUUACCAGACGAUCAUCAUCGAGACAAAGCAUCAAAGACUGCAUUGAUGCAAAGAACAAUCUUACUAGAUUUGACAACAUCUCUUUUAAAACAGAUAGCAGUAGGCGAAGAUACAUAUCCGAGGAGAUAGCGAAACUCGGGAAAGGGAACAUCAGUGCUCAGAUCUUUACAUUCAGAGAGCUCUGUGUUGCCACCAAGAACUUUAACCCCGAGAAUCAGCUCGGUGAAGGCGGUUUUGGAAGGGUUUACAAAGGACACAUAGAAACCCCUGAAAAAGUUGUUGCGGUUAAGCAGCUAGACAGGAAUGGUUACCAAGGGAACAGGGAGUUCCUUGUAGAAGUCAUGAUGUUAAGUCUCUUACAUCAUGAGAACCUUGUCAAUUUGGUUGGAUAUUGCGCAGAUGGCGAUCAACGGAUUCUUGUCUAUGAAUAUAUGCAAAACGGCUCUUUAGAGGAUCAUCUUCUCGAGUUGGCGCGGAACAAGAAGAAACCGUUGGAUUGGGACACAAGGAUGAAAAUUGCAGCAGGAGCAGCAAGAGGGCUCGAGUAUCUACAUGAAACAGCUGAUCCUCCUGUGAUAUACAGAGACUUCAAAGCCUCAAACAUAUUACUUGACGAAGAAUUCAACCCGAAGCUUUCGGAUUUCGGUUUAGCCAAAGUUGGUCCGACCGGUGGAGAGACUCAUGUCUCGACUAGAGUGAUGGGAACAUACGGCUAUUGUGCGCCUGAGUAUGCUCUUACAGGACAGCUCACUGUGAAAUCUGAUGUAUACAGCUUCGGAGUUGUGUUCUUAGAGAUGAUCACAGGAAGAAGAGUCAUUGACACAACAAAACCAACUCAAGAACAGAAUCUAGUCACUUGGGCGAGUCCGUUGUUCAAAGAUAGGAGAAAGUUUACGUUAAUGGCGGAUCCAUUGCUUGAAGGGAAGUAUCCGAUAAAAGGAUUGUAUCAAGCGCUUGCAGUGGCAGCGAUGUGUCUUCAAGAAGAAGCAGGAACGAGACCAAUGAUGAGCGAUGUAGUUACUGCGCUCGAGCUUCCUCUAUUGACAAGUGAUACUACAUUGCACAAAUAA